GACAGAUUUGAUUCUUCUUCAAAUAGCAGGCGAAUGAUGAUGGCAACGCUCUGAUAUAUUGCCCCCGUUUCUUCUUCGCCACAAACUCCUAGUCAUCUUCUACUAGGCCCAAUGUCAGACAUCAAACAGUGAAGAGACGUUUGAAGAGUCCUACCGCGCCCUCGCAGACCUUCUGGCGCUGCCUCGCCGGCACGACCUCAAGGUCAAUGUGCUGGCGCUGGAAGGAUGUCAGCUCAUGCUUCAUGAUCGUCGAUAGCGCCGAUGAUGUUGGUGUGUUUUUUGCGAAAGAGGGCAGUGAAGACGGCGCGCAUGAACCACUGGCUUCACACCUGCCCAAGACGGCUGGCGGCGAAAUCUUAUUCACGUUACGCAGUCUAGACGCUAUAGAGAAGCUCGCCGGUAGCGGUAGGACAAUACUGCGCAUACCAGUCAUGAGGAGAAGCAGGCGCUACAAGUUCUGCAAAAGGAGCUUGACAAAGAAGUGGACGAAGCGCCUGCGAUUGACCUCGUUUGCCCUCAACCAUAUCCCACUAGCGUCAAUCAAGCAUCAGCCUACAUCAACAGGCGCAGUCCGCGAGGUACUCCUGCGUCGUACUUGAUUGAGUUCCUCAAGAACUAAAGGCGCAGAGACGGCCUACUCCGCAGUGAUGAAAGGGACCUCGGACGCCGCGAUGGCGUAUCUAAUUCUGUGGUCGUAACGUCGCAGGUGACGUUCGAGCAGAUCAGGCGCGAGCGCCCCCAGGCAGCCAAAUUACUGUCUUUGAUGAGCUUCUUUCAAGCUCAGAACAUACCGGAGAGUGUGCUGCACGCCUACGAUGACGCUGAGAGCGGAGAGGAAGUAGGUAACCGGCGAAGCGGUGAAGACGCAGACGCCGAUACCGACGAUGUUGACACACUAGAGACUUCGAGAACGACAUUGGUGUACUACGGGGCUAUUCGCUCAUUACUCCAACAGCGACAGGGCUCUACGAGAUGCACUCUCUAGUCCAAUUCUGCACCCGUUCGUGGUAGAUUUGAAGACGUCAGUGGUCGAGAACCAGUUUUUAGGCUGUCCGCCUUACUGAACGAAUUCAACAGCGUUGCGCAAAGCUCCCGCUCCGCAAAUUAACAUCACUACAUAACUCUGUGACAAGAGACGGUGGACUGCUGGAUCAAGGUCUUCAAGGCCCUGAGCUGUCAUUUCGGCCUGUGUACGGCCAACAUGUGAAACCGUUGACCAACUGAAUCCCGGAAUGACCGAGGCGCGAUGCACUCAUUCUAGCGACAGAGAGCAAUUCGCCACUGAGGUUUGUUCUCUGAUUCAGGUGGACAUGAUCAGAUUAAGAACCGGCCAUUUUACGCUCUUGUUCGUGUGCUC